AUCGAAUAAAACCACAUCUAAAGAAAAAAGACAAACUUCUAAAGAAAUUGUUCCUCAAUUCCAACUCAACCCACAACAAUUUUGAUGUCCCCUUCCUAAACCACAUUCUCAAACUUAGGAAGAAAGAAAAAGAGAAAAACCCUUGAAAAGUCUCCUUCCACCAUGAUCCACUCUCUCGAACCCAAAUUCCACCAAACCCCACUUCCCCUUCUCCGCCGCAUCCCCAAAUCUCCACACCCCAUUUCAAUCCGAUGCGGCGGCGCCACCCGCGAGCUCCGAUCUCGACUAGACUCCAUCAAAAACACCCAGAAGCUCACCGAAGCCAUGAAGCUCGUCGCCGCCGCUAAAGUCCGACGAGCCCAAGAAGCCGUAAUCAACAGCCGCCCCUUCUCCCAAUCCCUCGCCCAAUUUCUCCAUUUCAUCACCCAACAAAUCCAACGAGAAGACAUCGAUUUCCCCUUCCUAAAUCCCAGACCCGUCAGAAAAGUCGCCGUCGUCGUCUUCACCGGCGACCGGGGCCUCUGCGGAGGCUUCAACGCUUCAGUAUUAAAAAAAGCCGAGACCCGAUUGGCGGAAUUGAAAAACCUCAAUCUGGGUCACACCCUAAUCAGCGUCGGGAAAAAGGGCAACUCCUAUUUCCGCCGCCGGUCCGAUAUUGAAGUCGAUCGAUUCAUCACCGGCUGCAGCGGUGUUUCAUUACCCACAGCAAAAGAAGCGCAAGCCAUAGCAGACAUUGUGUUUUCUCUGUUCAUCAGCGAAGAAGUAGACAAAGUGGAAGUAAUUUACACAAAAUUCGUUUCGUUGCUGAAAUCUGAGCCUGUGAUUGAGACAUUGCUGCCAUUGUUGGGGGAAGGGGAAGCCAUGGGAGAUGGUGGGUUUAGAUUGACGACGGCGGAGGGGAAAUUGACGGUGGAGAGAGAGGGGAAAGGAGGGGAAUUAGGGGAAAUUUCGCCAUUGUUGGAGUUUGAACAAGACCCAGUUCAGAUUUUAGAUGGGAUGAUGGCUUUGUAUUUGAACAGCCAGAUUUUGAGAGCUUUGCAGGAAUCAAUGGCGAGUGAAGUUGCGGCGAGGAUGAAUGCGAUGAGUAAUGCUUCUGAGAAUGCAAUGGAGUUGAAGAAAUCUGUUACGAGUGCUUAUAAUCGAGAGAGACAGGCUAAGAUUACUGGGGAGAUUUUGGAAAUUGUUGCUGGAGCUGAAGCUCUUAAGGAAUUUUGAUUUUUGAUUUUGCAUUUUGCUUUGGGUGGUAGAAAAUUUGACAUAGGUUUUAUUUUCAAGAUGUAGAAGGAGAUGUUUGACACCGAGGAGUUUGCCAAACAAACACAAUGGUUAUUUUUUUUCAAUUUAAUUAAAUUUAAAAUUUAAAAUGUUCAUUUGCCA